AUGGAACAAUUCAUUGAAUGGGCACCAACAGCGAUUUUAAUUGUUGGGGGAAUGUCAAUUGUGUGCACAAUUGUUCAUGUCAUCCAAUCGACACUACGACCUCCCGACUGCUGUAAACACGGAUCAGGAAAUUUUGCAAUCGGCAUUCCGCAAAUUCAUCCCAACGACAUCUUCCGCUACAUUCGCCUCGAGACACAGCCAUCGGAAAUUGACGGAUGGCACAAAACACCGUACCCAGUGUAUAAUGUUUGA